GCAAAUUCGUGUCAGUUUUGUUCGUGGUUGUUUUCAAGCAAUACUUUGUCAUUUUGCUGGCUGAAAACGACGACGUGUUCCCUCAAUCGUUCCUGAAAUCCUUAAAGAAGUAAGUAUAGAUCACUUGUAAGCUAGAUUUGAGACGCAAAUUGCAACUAGUGUUCAAUUACAACGAGACAUAGCUUAGCGUGAGAUCCAUGAAGGGUGUUGUUACAAAUUCUUGCUCGUAUGCUCAAACUGCAAAGCUUAGCGGCUUUACGAACUAGUUCAACCCUGCUUCAUUUUAAUCAUUUACAAAAUGCUAAAUCGAUUUCGUUUUGCAUAUAACAAUUUGGGAAUUUGUCCUUUAUUCCGUGGAGAACUAUGGUCUCUCUUAACUUGACGGAAUUACUACGAUUCUCGAUUUGCUGAAUUUCAAAUCGUUUGAAAAGACUGUGGUUAUUCAUCGUCGUCAAGUACAAUAUUAGAUAAAGUAUUAUCGUUAAAUGCGCUUUGUUUUCACCUCGGAUGUACAGAUCGGGACGUUUAGUUUGGAAGCACACGGUUAGGAGUCUUCUUCGUGCGAGCCCGGUCAUCAAGAUCCACAGCGGCAGUGAAUAGAUCGAAAGGGAGACGCUAGCAUUUAUCAGCCUUAGUUGUUCCUCAAGGCCCUGAAAUUAGCCUCGCUGGUAAGUAGAUUGUAUAGUGUAAUUUAGUUGUUUCUGUGGCAGGCCAAGACUUGCUAAUUCUAAAACUGAAACUAAACAUCUUCCUGUCUUUGGACAACAUCAAGAAAUACAUUAGUCUUCGAUCCAGAGAUCAUUGUUUAAUGCGCUUGUUUUCACCUGUGAUGUACAGAUCGAGACGUUUGGAUUGCAAGCAAACGGCUAGGAGUCUUCUUCGAGCGAGCCCGGCCAUCACGAUCCACAGCGGCAGGGAAAAGAUCGAAAGGCAAACGAUAGUAUUUAUCAGCCUUAGUUGUUCCUCAAGGCACGGAAAUUAGCCUCCCUGGUAAGGACAUUGUAUUAUUGUGUAGUUUAAUUGUUUCUGUAGCGGACCAGGACUUAUUCAUUAUGGAACUGAAACGAAACAUCCACCUGCUUUAGGACAGCAGCAAGAAAUACAGUACUAGUCUUCGAUCUCGAGAUUGAUAAAGGAUCAUGAACUUUCUUGUCGAUGUCGUCAUUGUGUAUGUUUUGAUGUUGGGGAAGUUUUGCGAAUGUAUGUACGAGGACACCGUAGAAACAAACUGACAAAAAAACUCCGCAGUCGAUCAGAGAUCUUUUCGAAUUCAUCGUUGUCCACAAACACUUUCCUUUAAUUUGGUAACCUUACAUGCUCUUAGCUGGCGGUGUAUUUUGAUGAAGAAAUUAUAAGUUGUGUUAUUGCUGAAGAUUGUGAACUUCAUGCAAAAUUGUUCGUUCGAAAGUUUUUCCUUCGGUAAAAGACUCUCAAUUUAAAACUUUCUCCUUGUUUACUCCAACAAUUGUUUCAAUGCCGUUCAAAAAUAAAAUUUGAGCGGCACAUUCUAGAAGAAGACAUGCGAAUAUGGUUGACCUCUGUUCAAGAGCUUAUUCCAGUUACUUGAAAUAUCACACCAGACACGACUACAGCUAGAAAAUCGCCAAAUUGAGUAUUUUCUUGAUGUUGCCUUUUGUCUGCCUUGAAUUCCAAGAGGGAAUGUGGAAUUGUGUGCAAGUAAACCCCCCUUCCCUUCUCCUCAGAACCCACUCCUGCCGAUUCGAGAAUUUCUUAAGGUAUUGCUUUAAGGACUGGGGGGGAGCUGAUGUGCUUUCCUUUUUAUAAUUUGUUCACCUACAUCGGACUAAACAGCUCAGCUUACACUUAACGAAUCAACGCGCAAAUUUGACGCUUGCGGUUAUCGACGCCAAUCAAAAAGACUCAGUGUCACUGGCUUAUUAUUUGUUAGGGUCACAAUACGUAACACACUGCUUUCACUUUCGUGCUCUUGUUUACGAGUUGAAGGCUGGUUGCGCAUGAGCAACUUUUUGUUUCUUGUCUUGCCUGGUUGAAAUUUUGACGCUUACACGGAAAUCAAAACCAACUGUUGUACUUAUAGCAUAGAUUCUUUGGAAAAGAUUUUGACAGUUUGUUAAAUAAAGCUUUUUAAAAUCUAAUGUUUUAUCCAUGUUUCUGCUCUGAAAAGGACUUCGAUCAAAACAUUCUUGAACAUAAUUUAAACUCGAUUGUUGUAAUAAUCACGCAAGGCACGCGUGCCUGAAGUUUGCCUCUUUAUCCGCCACCCCACUUUCGCUACUAAACAAGUCUACCAAUAGGACCGGGGAAGGGUCAUAUCUCAUACCCAAAGGUGAGCAACUCCUUUGUUGUCCUCAUUUCAGUUAUUUAAUCCUCAGUCACUUUAUGGAUUCAUAAAUUGCCAUUCUGAUAAAGGACUUACAUCAAAACAUUCUAUAACAGGAGAAAGAAACAUCGUUGACCUCUGUUCAAGAUUUUACAUUUUCUUGCUUGAAAAAUGUCACGCCAGAUAUGCGUACAGUCAGCGAUUCACCAAAAUUUAGUAUUUCCUUAAUGCUGUUCUAUUAUCUACUUACCAUUUAUGAGAGCAAUGUGAAAUUGUGUCUAAUGCGAGGAAUUUUUUCACCGACUUUUAUGAGGGGAAUUUAAAUUUGAAAAAAAUUAAGAUUACUGGGUCGAGGCACAUUGAUGUGUUAUUUUUUCUGCGGGCAAAGCGAAUUCAAUAGUUGUUAGUAAAACAGUCGAUAUGAUGCCUGCAGGGUGUAGCUAUUUAGAGCGGUGAAUAAGGUGCAUUGCGACAAAGCCGAAUUAACUUGCGCUUUCAAGUUCGUUGAGUGUUUUGUUGACUAUAGAACUUGGCUUACAUUCGUUACCGCAAAUAAAGUAUGCAUACCUCACUAAAAGUUUUCAUAACUUUGACAACAGUAAAUACACCUAAAUUCACCUUCAUGAAAAUGGUUUGUGGCAGAUACAGCUCCUCUUAAGUGAAAAAUUAAUAAGCGAACUUUCGGCGCAAAAUUAUAAUGUUGAUACCAUAUUCGAUGUUAAGAGAUGAGACAAUUAUUUAGAGGAGAAUGAGCUUGAUGAGAUUGUAACAAGAUGAAAUUUCAUGCCAAUCACUGUGAUUUAUUCAUCGUCCUUGGCACAAGUUACUCUAAAUCAAUGAAAAUGUUAUUGAUGUUAUUUUUAUACGCUUUAUGAUUCUAUCUGAUACUCAGAGUAUAUCAGCUAAAAGAAUGAAUUGCCAUGUUUAGCAGGACAGCAAAUUUAAAAUAAGGAAACGCGGAUUAUCCUCGCUUCAAUUUUAUCAAAGCUCCAGACAUUUUGGUGGGAGAACUAUCCCUUGUUUUCAGAGUUCUUUGAGAAAUACCAGUUGCGGAAAGACUGCAACAGCUGAGCAAAAAAAGACUUCAAAGCAUAUGAGAUGCUGUGUCCGUGAGAUCACGGAGGAAUAAACAGCAACACAAAGUAAAUUCCUCGAAUCACUUACUCUUUUCGUUAAGUGUCUUCUCCAGUGGACUUAUUCCAAAUGUCAACACUUCAUAGUAGGUCGCUUAUCAUUUCGUAUGGAUAUCUUGGCUUAAUCAGGGAAAGAUUUUCUACUAUGACAAUAUUCAUGGAAGUCUACCCUUCAUUUUGACUUUUCUUCAACGAUCAAAUCUUUCAGGUGAGAGCAACCAAACGUACCAAAGAGAAACUUAACUAUCUUGUCUCAAUUGACGCAACGCAGUAACCUACCCAAUAAAGUAAUUACUUUAGCGAAUCAAGAGGAAUGGCCCGGUGGUAUGAAAUCAUAUUCAUCUGAUCAACGCUUUAGAAGUGUUGUCCUUUGUAUUUGAAAUUUCUCGAAGUUUUUUGCUGGUCAAUUUAAUCUUCUGGAUAACACAUCGACAAACUACACUCAAUACUUGUCAACUUCCAUGUAGCCCUGCGUCUUUUCAGUAAGAAAUCACAGAUGAAAUCAAAAUGUGGUGAGAACAAAAAAGUGGCACACGAAGCGCAGAAACUGUUUAGUUUUCUUUCACCGGUCUUGGUGAUCUUCCAUGUUUCCCAACCAUAUAGCAGAACCGGUCGGACUAAGUCUUGAACAGGCGUAUCUUGGUUCUCCUCCCUAUUCCUCUGGCUGCCCACACCUUCCAUAGCCACUGGAAUGCGCCUCGUGCUGUCUGCGGUCUGUUCUUAAUAUCUCCACUGCCUCCACCUUCUUUGUCUACAAUGGCUGCUUCCUCCUUCAAUCUCCCUGUCUUCACUCAAGGCUUUAAACUUGGAUGAAAGUAGAGCGAUGUCGUCCUGGUCUGAGAUGUUAUUUUUUAAUUAUAAGUAUCUGUUCAGUUGUACUGUCAUUUGGUCUAAAACCAGCCUGCUCUUUUCGAAGCGUCUUGUCUACACCUCUCUUUAUCCGCCCUAGCAGCAUCUUGUGGAAUAUUUUACUGAUGAUGGGUAGCAAAGUCACUCCUCUCCAGUUGUUGCAAUCACGAGAAUCACCUUCCUUCAUUUCCAUCUAUUUCCUCAAUCUACUCCAGUUCUCCUGUUUCUUCAUUCUCUCCCACUGGAUUUGUUGGGUCAUCUCUGUUUAAAAUUUCACUCAAGUGCUCAACCAUCUCUGCAAUCUUUCUUUUGAUUCUGUCUUAAGCACCCCUUGUUUGUCUUUUACACAUAUUUUUUGCCUCCUCCGCUCUUAGUUAUGCUGUAUAGCUCGAUUAAGGCGCAAUAAAAUCCUCCGUAUAUGCCUACUAUCACGCUCAUUAUCUUGCGCGGAAUUCCAUAGCUCCCCAUGAUGUUCCACAUGCUUUCUCUGUGAACCGAGUCGAAGGAUGUCUUAAGCACCCCUGUUUGUUUGUCUUUUACACCUACUUUUCGCCUCCUCCGUUCCCCGGUUAUUGUCCUGGCUAUGCUGUAUAGCUCCUUGUUUCUACCAUUCUCAGCAGCCUCUUCCCCUCUCCAACCAAUUCCUCUUAUCCUCCCCAGCACUAUGUUUCACUUCCUUUUCUUUCGCACUAUACUCCUCUCUCCAUCGCUGUUUUAGUCGUUCCGUUCACGCACACUCUAUUUUAAGUUUUGCCUCUUUCCCUUCCUGAAUUUUUCCCGCCGGCUUUGGCCCAAGAGCGUCAUUACGGCCCCAGCAGCAACACCCCCGGUUUGAGUUGUAUUGUCAAUGCAUCCGGCUUCUGUAACAUCUGUUUCUUUCUAAGGGGCAGGGUCGUUAACCUUGCGUCCAUCCUCCAACUUGAGUUCCAGGGGAUCACUCUUAGUCUGGUUUUUACCUUUCGACAUGUUCGGCAUGGGUGACUCUACCAGGAGUGUAAGACUGUAGCCAAUCUACCUAUCUACCGAUUUCGGUAGAUAGGUAGGUAGAUAGGUAGGUAGAUAGGUAGGUAGAUAGGUAGGUAGAUAGGUAGGUAGAUAGGUAGGUAGAUAGGUAGGUAGAUAGGUAGGUAGAUAGAUAGGUAGAUAGGUAGGUAGAUAGGUAGGUAGAUAGAUAGGUAGAUAGGUAGAUAGAUAGGUAGGUAGAUAGAUAGAUAGAUAGAUAGAUAGGUAGGAAAGAAAAUAGAAAAGGAAAGGAAAGGAAAGGAAAGGAAAGGAAAGAAAAGGAAAGGAAAGGAAAGGAAAGGAAAGGAAAGGAAAGGAAAGGAAAGGAAAGGAAAGGAAAGGAAAGGAAAGGAAUAAUCCUAUUGGGUACUAACAUAACUAUGGUUUUAAUAGGAUAUAACUGAUAAUGGCCACUGUGUUGAAGUACACCACAGAGCAACUGAAUUACUACAGGAUUUGUUACGUUGUCACUGACAUACUAACUGAGGGUCUGCGAACCAUCUUCAAACAAGAAUGGGACAAUCGAUACAAGACAACACUGGGAGAAUGGAAAGAUCAACCCAAAAAUGGAAUGGACUUCUGGAAUGGCGAGUCUACUCGAAACAGAAAAAGAAACGCUGGGUUGUUGACAACCAUGAAGAAUGGUGAUAAAGCUGAAUGGGAUUGUACCAUGCUGUUUUACGCUAUCCUGUAUUCAGAUUGCAUAUAUUCUCUCAAUCCAUCAAUUAGAUCAAAUGUGGAUGACUUAAGGAAAUUCCGAAAUGAAGAAUUUGCACAUAUACCUCGGGGCCACCUCUCCAACGGAGAUUUCCAAAAUGUCAUUACUAAGGUUAAAACUGCAUUCCACGCACUCGGUCUCCAGACAUUGAAAAUCAGUGAAGUUCAAAAUCAGACAAACUUCUUAACGGAGGAGUUAAACGAUGUUUUAGGGAAGGCUGACGACUUGAAACAAGAAGUUAAGGACAAGGAAGAGGAACUUCAAGUGAAAGAAGAACAGAGGCUUGCCUUAGAGGAGCAAUUACAUUCCAAUGUCUCUUCAUUUUGCAUCCUCCCUCCCAAACCUAGCCACGACAUCGCUCCUCGGGAAUCUGAAGUUGGUGAAGUUUUACAAAACCUCCAAACACUAAAAGACGCCAAUGAUGGGUUGAGCAUGCUGUAUUUGUCAGGAAAUCCAGGAAGUGGAAAAUCUCAGCUGGCCCGUUUAGCAGCCAAGCGAUUUUACGACGAGGUCGAACAAAUACCUUCUGCAGCUUCAUUUGUCAUGAUGUUGAAUGCUGAAAACUCAGAAGCACUUUUGAAAUCGUAUGUCCUUUUCGCUCAACAUUGCAAAUGUCCCGGGUAUGAAAUAACAAACACUUACGGCUCCAAGGAUUUGAACACAGACGAGAAGAUUUCAUAUUUCAAGACCUUAAUAAGUACAAAAAUUGAGCAUUACACUUCAUGGCUGUUGGUAGUUGAUAAUGUGACCAGCAUAUCUCGUACAAGCAAUCAUUUGCCAGAUGCAGGAAACGAGCUGUGGGCAAGGGGUCAGAUGCUAAUAACAACACAAGACACUGCGUCUAUACCGUUGUCAAGCUCUUCCAUACAAAAUAUCUCAAUCAGCGCAGGAAUGCAACCUGAUGAUGCGUGCUUUCUGCUUAACCUCCUUUCUGGUAUCUCAGAUGCCAAGAUGGAAAAAGAAAUUGCGAAAGAACUAGACUACCAGCCACUUUCAUUGGCAGCCGCAGCCACGUAUGUGAGACAAGUUCGUCAGAAUAAAGGAACCUCGAAAUUUGGCUGGACCGACUAUUUGAAGAAAUUGGAAGAGGGGAAACGAAGCAAUACUGAAAGCAUUCUUGCUGCGACAAAUCCAGCCUAUCCGCAGACCAUGACCAAAGCAAUAACACUCGCUGUCGAAAUGGUGAUGGAAAAUGAUAUAAUUUUGCAUCACAUGUUCCUUUUUCUUUCAAUGUGUGCAUGUGUGCCGAUACUGCAAUACAUUAUUAUCGAGUAUGUUAAAACAACAGAUGACGAAUUUGAAGAUGAAGAUAUGAUAAGAACGAGGAUGAGUCGAUGUUCACUGUUGCUAAUUGAAGAAGAAUCAACUGGUGUUUAUAUUCGAGUCCAUGGUGUCGUUCUUGAUGUUAUUAAAUCUGCGACAAAAGGUUUCGCAAAGGAUCAAAGCUACAAAGUGGUGUAUGGCGCGGUAAUGUCUUUCUCAAAAUUUGAAGAGCUGGAAUCUAUUGUUGUGGGAACAAGAAUAGUUCCCCAUCUUAAAACGUUGAGCUUAAAAAUUGAAGACAUGUCGCUCGGGAAAGGAAUACCAGAAGCGACCAAUAGAGCCUUGUGUAAUUUUCCGUAUGGCCUUUGGAGACUUACUGACAUGUGCCUAAACCACAGUGAGUUUAGAGCAGCGCUAGUCUAUGGUAAAUGGCUGUUAAAAAUUCAGAUGAAACAGCUGGGACCUGAGCAUGUUGAUGUUGCACGCUCUUACAACAAUCUGGGUACUUUAUACAAGGCUCUGGGCGACACAGAUGAAGCAAAAGACUGGUAUAAGCGUGCACUGGAGAUUCGUCUGAAAAAGCUGGGACCUGAACAUGUGGAUGUUGCAACCUCUUACAACAAUCUGGGUACUUUACACAAGGCUCUGGGAGACACAGAUGAAGCAAAAGACUGCUAUAAGCGUGCACUGGAGAUUCGUCUGAAACAGCUGGGACCUGAGCAUGUUGAUGUUGCAACCUCUUACAACAAUCUGGGUACUUUACACAAUGAUCUGGGCGACACAGAUGAAGCAAAAGACUGCUAUAAGCGUGCACUGGAGAUUCAGAUGAAACAGCUGGGACCUGAGCAUGUUCAUGUUGCAGGCUCUUACAACAAUCUGGGUAAUUUACACAAGGCUCUGGGCGACACAGAUGAAGCAAAAGACUGCUAUAAGCGUGCACUGGAGAUUCGUCUGAAAAAGCUGGGACCUGAACAUGUGGAUGUUGCAACCUCUUACAACAAUCUGGGUACUUUACACAAGGCUCUGGGAGACACAGAUGAAGCAAAAGACUGCUAUAAGCGUGCACUGGAGAUUCUGAUGAAACAGCUGGGACCUGAGCAUGUUCAUGUUGCAGGGUUUUACAACAAUCUGGGUACUUUACACAAGGCUCUGGGAGACACAGAUGAAGCAAAAGACUGCUAUAAGCGUGCACUGGAGAUUCGUCUGAAAAAGCUGGGACCUGAGCAUGUUGAUGUUGCAACCUCUUACAACAAUCUGGGUAAUUUACACAGUGAUCUGGGCGACACAGAUGAAGCAAAAGACUGCUAUAAGCGUGCACUGGAGAUUCGUCUGAAAAAGCUGGGACCUGAACAUGUGGAUGUUGCAAGCUCUUACAACAAUCGGGGUAAUUUACACAGUGAUCUGGGCGACACAGAUGAAGCAAAAGACUGCUAUAAGCGUGCACUGGAGAUUCUGAUGAAACAGCUGGGACCUGAGCAUGUUCAUGUUGCAAACACUUACAACAAUCUGGGUAAUUUACACAGUGAUCUGGGCGACACAGAUGAAGCUAAAGACUGCUAUAAGCGUGCACUGGAGAUUCGUCUGAAAAAGCUGGGACCUGAACAUGUGGAUGUUGCAACCUCUUACAACAAUCUGGGUACUUUACACAAGGCUCUGGGAGACACAGAUGAAGCAAAAGACUGCUAUAAGCGUGCACUGGAGAUUCUGAUGAAACAGCUGGGACCUGAGCAUGUUCAUGUUGCAAACACUUAUAACAAUCUGGGUAAUUUACACAAGGCUCUGGGCGACACAGAUGAAGCAAAAGACUGCUAUAAGCGUGCACUGGAGAUUCGUCUGAAAAAGCUGGGACCUGAGCAUGUUGAUGUUGCAAGGUCUUACAACAAUCUGGGUAAUUUACACCGUGAUCUGGGCGACACAGAUAAAGCAAAAGACUGCUAUAAGCGUGCACUGGUAAUAUAUACCUUCAAGUAUGGUCAAGAACAUUCAAGGACACUAGAGGUCGGGAGGAAGUUAUCUUGGCUAAGACAGAAAAGAAAGAGAGUUGAUCGUUGUGCUGUUUUAUAA